CUGCCCGGAUAUGCGCGCACAGGGCACAGACAAACAGAUGCAAAUGCAUGAACACGCACACAGAUGGUCAGUGCCCACAGCUGCCAGCUCACACCUCAGGGAGCAGAAGUGGGUGCACAGUUCACUCUCUUCUUCAAUGUUUCGCUUGUCUCUCCAGCGUUUGUUCUCCGUGUCACCUGUUGGCGGAGGAUCUUACAUAAUGCAGAGUGUAAGAGGAAUACAAACUCCAAGAAAACUUGAAGGCAAAGUGGCGCUGGUGACUGCAUCAUCAGAGGGGAUCGGCUUAGCUAUUGCACGACAACUUGCUCGGGAUGGAGCACGAGUUCUUAUCAGUAGCCGAAAGCAACAAAAUGUGGACAAGGCUGUUCAAGAACUCAAAAAAGAAGGUCUGGAUGUAGAAGGGACAGUGUGUCAUGUGGGGAAGAAUGAAGACAGAGAAAAACUAGUGAAUACUGCCGUGCAAAGGUUUGGAGGAGUUGAUAUCCUUGUCUCUAAUGCUGCUGUUAACCCCUUUUUUGGGAACAUGAUGGACUCUACAGAUGAAGUGUGGGAAAAGAUUUUGGAUAUUAAUGUUAAAGCAACAUUCCUGUUGGUGAAACUUGUGGUGCCCAAAAUGCAGGAAAGAGGAGGUGGCAGUAUUGUGAUUGUCUCUUCUGUUGGAGGGUUUACCCCUUUUCCAGCUCUGGGUCCCUACAGUGUCAGUAAAACAGCAUUGUUGGGCCUAACCAAGGCCCUUGCUCCAGAAUUAAUGCCCCUAAACAUCAGAGUGAACUGCCUUGCACCUGGCCUCAUCCGCACCAAGUUCAGCUCCGCUUUAUGGAAGGAUGAAUCAGUCUUGGAUCAACUAAAAAUCAAACUAGGCAUUACCAGAAUUGGAGAACCUGAAGAAUGUGCUGGGGCGGUGUCUUUCCUCUGCUCUCCUGAUGCUUCAUAUAUCACCGGGGAAACUGUAGUGGUUGCAGGAGGGGGGCACUCUCGUCUAUGAACAUCACAUGUAAAUCGUUUUUUCUUUGCGGACUUAGCGUGACGUUUAAUAUAUUUCACAGGAUGCCUUAUUUCUGUUUAAGAAAUAAUUUGAAUAUAUUAUUGAUGUAAAAAUAUACCAUACUGUAGUAGCUAAAAUGAGAAUACAACCAUGCUCAGUAAGGAGGUUACAA